AUGGGCAAGUCGCAAUCGAAGCUCUCCCCCUCCCAGUUGGAUGAGUUGCAAAAGGCAACCCAUUUCGACAAGAAAGAACUGCAACAAUGGUAUAAGGGCUUUCUCAAGGACUGCCCGUCUGGCACCUUGACCAAGGAGGAGUUUCAGAAGAUCUAUCGGCAAUUCUUCCCAUUUGGCGACCCGUCAUCAUUUGCAAAUUAUGUCUUCCGCGUUUUCGACUCCGACAAUAGCGGCAUGAUCGAUUUCAAAGAGUUCAUCUGCGCCCUUUCGGUGACGUCGAGGGGCAAGAUGGAGGACAAGCUGGAUUGGGCCUUUCAACUGUACGAUAUUGACGGCGACGGCAAGAUCACCUACGACGAGAUGCUGGCCAUUGUCGAGGCGAUCUACAAGAUGGUGGGAUCCAUGGUGAAACUCCCAGAGGACGAGGAUACGCCAGAGAAGCGGGUUCGGAAGAUCUUCCGCAUGAUGGAUAAGGACGAGAAUGGCAGUUUGGAUAUUGAAGAGUUUAAGGAAGGCAGCAAGCGCGAUGAAACCAUUGUGAGCGCGCUGUCGCUGUAUGACGGGCUGGUAUAG